AUGGGCUUGCUCUUCAGUGUUCUGCUCCCUGCAGGAUACUAUCUCCCUAAACUGUACUUUCAUUCCCCUCGUCCUUCUCUCUCUGUCCGGACUUCGCUCGGCUCCAAAGAAGUUCAACGUAUAUCCUUGCGGUCCUUCGUAGAGUCGAAGUGCCCUAGCCUUUACACAGAAUUUCGUCCUGCAUGGUGGUUGUACAGUGGACAUCUCCAGACAGGCUAUUCUGUAGUCGGUGACUUCUCCAAGGUCGACAAGGUUGAAUAUGAUAGAACAUUUCUCAGAACAUUAGAUGGUGGCACAAUAGGCGUAGAUUUUACUCCUUCUGGAGAUCAGGAUUUGCUGAAAGAUGAUACACCCAUCGUUGUAGCUUUACAUGGAUUGACUGGAGGAUCUCAUGAGGCGUAUGUGCGUACUAUAUUGGCUCCAGUAUGCGCACCUGUGAAACAAGGCGGAUUGGGGUAUCGGGGAGUUGUCGUGAACUUUCGCGGCUGUGCUGGCGUACCAAUUACUAGCCCGCAGCUCUAUUCUGCCGGUCACACCGAAGAUGUCCGGGUGGCGGUCAUGUAUAUCGCGCGUAAAUAUCCGAAAGCACCGCUUAUUGGCCUGGGCUUCUCUCUCGGCGCGAACGUUAUGACCCGGUAUCUGGCUGAAGAAGGGCAGAAUAGUAGGCUUGUUGCUGGUUGUGUUCUCGCAUGCUCUUGGGACCUCGUGAAGAACGGCAUAGCAUUGGAUGGCCACUUCCUGAACCAUGUUGUAUACUCCAAGGCGAUGGGCACCAACUUGCAGAAACUAGUCAAACGGCACGAAGCCAGCCUCUCCAAGUUCAGCGACCACCCGGUCGGUAAAGCGGUGCCGAAGGUCCUCAGUCUCAAGACCCCUGCGCUCAUCGAUUUCGACGAGAACAUGACUCGGCUUGCGGGCGGUUCCAGCCCACCAUUUCCAUUUCCUUCCGCUCAUGAAUACUAUGUGUGGGCCUCUAGCCAUGACGUCCUCGGGCGUAUACGUGUGCCCUUCCUCGCCAUCUCCUCAGAGGAUGAUCCGAUCGUGCAAGUUUUGCCCGUGGACACAGGGGAGAACGAAUGGGUGGUCUUCGCUGUCACGAAGAAAGGUGGGCAUCUUGGGUGGUUCGAGGCUGGCAGCUCGUUCGGCGAAGUGCAGCGGUGGAUUAGGAAGCCGGUCGUCGAGUGGAUAAGGGCCGUCGGUCAGGAUCUGGUGAUGUCUCGACAGGGAAAGCCGUUGCAUGUUGUUGACGGUUUCUUGAAGGAGGUCGGCCGGGACGAUAUUGGGUGUAUGGAGAUUGGAGGACGCGAACACGUCGUAGGUGUUGCAGGAGAGGAAGGUCUUCUCGCUGGUUUGUGA